CGCGCGCAUCGGUGACGCUCGCGUCCGAACCCACCGAGAAAAUGACAGCGGAGGAGACUAAGCCCGAGGUGAAGGGCAUCAAGAUGGAGGAGGUGGAGAAGCACUCCUCCGUCGACGACCUGUGGCUGGUCAUCGACGGCAAGGUUUACGACGUCACGCCGUUCAUGGAUGACCACCCGGGAGGCGGCGAGAUCAUGCUCUCCGCCGCGGGCAAGGAUGGCACGCAGGAUUUCGAGGACGUCGGCCACUCGCCGCACGCCAGGGAGCUCCUCAAGAAGUACUACCUGGACGAGUUCGCGGGCGGGGUUGGGAGCGGGAAGAUCGCGACGAAGUCCGGCGGCGGCGGGAUGUCCCUCCUCGCCGUGCUCCUCCCCAUACUCGUGGUGGCGCUCGCGUUCGCCGCCAAGAUGCUGACGGCGUAACUGGUCAAACUGAUUGUGCAUAGAGACUAGAAUCGCUAUUUGGUUUAUGUAAACAUUCUUUCGAG